GCUUGGACGUCAGCAAGGAAGGAGCAGGCUCUCUUCAAUAUGGCGGCGACCAUGGACAACAGCAAUGCCGUACAGGCGACAAAGAAGAAGCACCUCGGUAUACCCGAAGCAGUGUUUGUGGAGGAUGUCGACUCGUUUAUGAAACAGCCCGGCAACGAGACGGCAGACGCAGCGCUGAGGAAGCUGGAUGAACAGUACCAGAAGUAUAAAUACAUGGAGCUCAACCUGUCACAGAAGAAGCUUAGGUUGAAAAACCAGAUCCCACAAAUCACACAGACGCUAGAAAUCCUACGACACAUGCAGAAGAAGAAGGAAACUACAGAGCCCAUGGAAACACACUUCCUGUUGGCUGACAGCGUUUACUGCAAGGCCUCAGUGCCACCCACCAACAAAGUCUGCCUGUGGUUAGGGGCUAAUGUCAUGUUAGAGUACGACAUCGAUGAAGCCCAGGCUCUCCUAGAGAAGAACCUGUCUACAGCAUCUCGCAAUCUAGAGACACUUGAGGAGGAUCUAGAUUUCCUGCGAGACCAGUUCACCACCACCGAAGUCAACAUGGCACGAGUCUACAACUGGGACGUGAAGAGAAGGAGCAAAGAAAACCUCCUGAAGUCGGCCGACAAGUCUUAAUAACCAUGGGACGGCGUCCACAUCCCCUUCCGCUGUCUCACCACCCAUUAAACAAAAAUAAACAAAGUUGUGUGUUCACCCCAGAGCUCGGCAUGUGGAGGAUGUGUCUGAAACACCUCUGCAAGUUUUCACUGUGCUUGAUUUGAACUCAUGGAAGUUAUUUGGAUUUGCAGGUUUCAUCUACAAGGCUGGAGGAAGCGAGCAGUAAUGAUUCAGUUCAUCAGUGUCCUCUUCAUCCAGCCGAGCUCAUACUUCCACCACUACUGUUUUCUGUUGAUUUGUCACUUUUUAAAGUAUUUUUUCAAGUAAAAACUAACAAAAACAAAGACAGCAAAGCAAUUUUGUAUUCUUUUUGAUGGUUUGAGUAUGUUCCUGUUGUGUUUUUUUAGGCCGAUUACAAGUAAAGGUUCUCACGUCUGUACUGAUCUCAUACUUCUGCUUUCUCUUAUCCAGCAAUACAACUGCGUUUUAAGAUGAUUUACCCCUUUGGCUUUGGUUUUCAUCUACUAAAAGACUUAAAGAGGUUCACUAGGAUCAGCCGUGGUCCUGCUUCAAACCCACCUCCGCUUCUCUGUCCUUUGACCGUCAACACUCCACCAUCUCCUCUCCUCGUCCUUGCCGCUGUUCUCUGUAUUUAUUUGUUACUCGCUGUACUCAUUAAACAAUGAAUGAAGUAAAAGAAGAGCAUAUGGGCAAAGAGGUGAGACCUUGA